CAUCGAUAUUAAGCAGGGAUGGAGUUGCCCCAAACCUGCGUCGUCCCACCAGGCUGCAGCCCCUCUGCUUGCAGCACGCGGGGCAGGCCAGCGCUGCAGCACCCGAGAGAGGGGCUGCCUCGUGCAGGAUGAGCACACAGCCUGCAUUUAGGGGAACGUGCAAGCAAACUCCAGCACCAGGCCAGCAUGUGGGGAGAGGGAAGGGAGCACUGUGGGAAAAGCAGGGUCCAGGCGGUUCCCAGCAGCAUGCCCAGCGUGGCCUCUCUGCUUGGCCACAUCCGCCCGUUGCCAUUUUGGUCCGAAAUCCGGAGUAUUUCCCCUUAAAAAGUGACAAAUUGUGCAAAAAGCCACUCGGUCCCUUGUGGAGUCCUCUCUGCAGGUAGCACAUGAAAUAUGAGAGGGCUGGAGCUCAGCCUGUGCGUCUGAGGGGAAAACACUGAGCUGGGUUCGAGGCAUCUGCUUCGUUUGGGGAAAGAUGGAGAAAACCCUGAAAAUGUCAGAAAAGCACAGGGUGAGGAGGGCGGCCCCGCUGAAUCUUAUUCCCUCGGACCCUCUGCUAGAUGGGGAUGUGCUCGGUUUCACAAAAAGAUAGCCCAUUUUGUGGAGCCUUUGAAUAUUCAAAUUGAAAGUAUCGCGCAAUCAUUGAUUGUCAAAUCAUUGGUUUCUAGAGGUUUUAAAUACUUGGCAUUAGGGGAGAAAAACUCAAACUUAUACCCGUAGGUAUAAAACAAUAAUAUUUGAGCGGGCACCACCUGGCAUUGCCACGAGGCCGGCGGGUCCCUCGGCCCCCCAAUUCCCAGCCCGCCGUCUCCAGCCCCCUUCCCCCGCCGCGGGGCCGGGGCCGGGGCCGCCGCCGCUUGCACUGGGGCCGCCGGGCGAGCCGCUGCCGCCGCCGCUCAGGAUGUCCGGAAAGCCCAAAGUGUACCAAGGUGUCAGAGUGAAGAUCACGGUUAAGGAGUUACUGCAGCAGAGAAGGGCGCGACAAGCAGCGAGCAGCGCAGCGGUUUCCUGGGGCAGCAGCAGCAUCCAGUUUGCGGAGCCUGUGUCUCCUCCUCACCCAGCACCUUUUGAUGCAGAACCCAUCACUUCGGCUCCCAACUAUUGCCCGUCACGGCAGUUCUCAAACUGCCUCUCCUGCGAGGAGAGCCCCAGCCACCUGGAGCAGCUGGUGGACUCCUACCUGCAGGCGGAGGCUGCCUUCGAGCCGGCCCUGGGUACGCUGCAGACACCACCGCACUACAUCUCUGAUUCCUUCCAGCCAGUCCCGCUCUGCUUCAACCAGGGCUUGGCUGCCGCAUCCCCGAGCCCGGCUGAUUUGCCCAACGCGCUGCCCCACGGCUGCCCCGCUCCCCAGCUGCCCCCAUUCACCCCCCUGGCCCACAGCCCACCCCCUGCCCUGGACCCAGCGCCCUACGGCUGCCCGGCAGAGGGCUGGCCCUGCCACCCCCCGUCCCCCUACGCACCCCUCGCUUGCUGCUGUGCCGCCUGCAGCCCCCCGCACGCCGACCCCAAGGUCCCGCAGCGCUUCCCCUGCCCUGGCACGGACUGCUCGGGCUGCCUGCCGCCCACCGACGACUUCUUCAGGCGGGACAGGAGCUGGGACAUCUGCUACAGCUAAUGGGGAGGGGGCUGCACGCUGCCUCCGUGUCGGCAUCGUUGCCUGGGAGCUCCGCGCGGUUGCGCUGCCUGCAAUGUACUCGUCACUACUCACACACGGUGUUGUCACUACAUUCGUCCUCCUGUUUUCUGUGGUCGGGGGUAGCUUUUGUUUUUGGUCUUUAUUUUAUUUUCUGGUUUUGUUUUUAAGAACUCCCAAGCUGCCUUACCAAAGCCAUGUCGUCAACGCCAGCUCUUUGUAUCACAAAUAAAUACUUUGGUACUCACACUG